UAACCUGCUAUAUGUUUUAAAGUAAAGUUUGCAUUACUGAAUUUAUUUCCAGAAUCAGACAAUAACUGAAAAUUCUGUUUUUAUUGUUAGGUCAUGUCGCUUUUUUGUAGUGGUUUGUUCACCCACCGGAGAUUUUAAUUGCACAAACGCCGCGUACAAGCAUUGUACAGUGGGUUUGUAUUGACACCGUCAUUUGUUUUGUUAGCCAUUCCAGUUUGCUGACUAAAUGGAUAUCAACCACAUUUACAGUACGACAAAGAUAAUCAAGAGCAAUCUUGCUGGUUGGCCAAAACGGCAUACGCUAAUAAAGCCGGCAUUUUUUGCAACCUGCAUGCGUGUGUAUGUUUGUUUGUCCAGCAUUGAUCGGUGGCAGUUGCUCAGACUGUAUCCCGCGGACGAUUUAGCAAUCAGUGGCCGUGAUGUUCCUUCUCUGUUGUUUUACUUGUCGCGAGUCUAGCUUUGCCAACUGAUUAUUCUUGGGCAUGAUGUUAUUUGAGGUGCUAGGAAAGCUGAUCCAUGACCUAUUCAAGGCCAACGUUAACCUUAUAGCGUAACCUGUGCGCGCCGCUCUUGCCAUUGUGUCAUUAAUCUCCGCUGAUUAAUCUCCGCUGGUAUCAUAUUGAUUUUGCGAACAUCUCGAGAUGCUCGUUGGUCAGCUGGACACGGCAGUCAUAAAAUAUGAAUAAUAUUUCUAUUUGCGAAAUGAAGUGAACUAACGCUGAGAUCUGACAACAAUUUUCUUUAUUUCCCGGAAUCUUGGUUGCAUGCUUUGUGAAAAUUACGCAAGAAUGGGGAGUAAUGGACAGAACAGGGAUUUCGAAAUCUUCGGCUAUUGUACCAAUGCCAUUUAACUCUCCGCUGGGAAGCCACACGAAGCAGGAGUCAGCAGGACUAAAAUAAUUUUUUCUCAUCGCUGAUUAAUGAGCAGUGCAAGUCAAUCUGUCAGCCAAACUGUUUACUCGAGGGCUUCCCAGUUUAUAUCCGCGCUUGAUCUGUCCGGAGCCCGUUGUACCUUCUGUAAAAAAAUGUCCACUUUGCCUCGUAGUACCGGUAGCUUUAAGAAGUUACGCGUAGUACGCCUAGUAACACAAUUAUUUCGGCGACGGCGACGGAAAUCCGCCAAGGAACCACGCACUCCAUUCAUUUCCAUUUCGUCGCCAACACCUAUCUUGACGAAUUUUUCCACCAUGUCGCUGAUCAUCCAUUGCCGGCAUUUAAGCCGCAGCGGCGAUCUGGAUUAUUCCAUAGCCAGUUCUCCUACUUGUGAGCUGGUAAUGUCGGGAUCGGUUUUCGCCGAUGAUGAUAAAUCCACAAGUUAUUGUGAAGGGGAUCUGAACGAAGCGGACAGUGUUGGCCUACGCAGUGUCUCGCAUGACAGCGUUUUCCAGCCGGACAACUUUCGGUCAGGAAAAAUGCUCAGAAGUAGUUCACGUCCUUCAUCCAGGAAUUAUGGCAAAACAGGAAAUGGAACAGCCAGCAGUUCUCUUGUGGAUGUGUCGGAUGGUGCUGUGCGGGCUGAGUUGGAAAACAAGAUAUUCAUUCGCGCCAAGCGCAUGAAUUCCGGAACGAAUGACCCAACUGUGAGUGUACAGCGCUCGCGCGCCAACACCUCUCCCAUGCCCAUGGACGUUAAUUCCCUGAUGACGCCGACUGGCCAUGAGCAAGGCCGCUCCCGCGUGGACUGGUCGGGCUCAGUGGAUGCAGACCUUGAUCAGCGGGCUAAAGUGGAGCAUGCCUCCUAUUUCACACUGGAAACGGGCACACAGCUCAGUUAUCGCAAACUGCCCAGUCUGGACGUGCAGCCGACAUUGUCGUUGACAUUGCCGGUCGCCUAUGCCACUCAGACCUUAUCGAAUGAUGCGGCACGGCAUCGGAUUGCGGUUAAGCCCAAAAAUCGACGACCGAAAAGUUACCAAUCGAAGUUAGAAGUCGAAGUGGCCCCGAAACCUGUUGCGAGAUUCAGAGACUAUGCACCCGCGACGGACAAUGUGACCGUGCCGAAUUAUGCUAACAAUACGACAACCAGCGAGGCUUUGACUGCUGAAUUGGCCACUGUUCUAUCGGAAGUGGAAGCCACCUAUGAAUUGUUCAACAUUCCCGCGCCGACACCACUUGAACCGCCACAGCCCGCGGUGCGACGAUCAUCGGCUACGAUGACGUAUUCUAAAUCAUUCCACAUUCCACGCCGGCCGGCGGAGAAUGCACAUACCACCACCAUAGCACUAUCGACAUCGCCCGCGGUAAAAUCAUUUGUCAGUCCCCGUCUAACACGAACCAUGGCCAUCGAUCCGCCGCCCAUUCCCCCGAAAACUUUCAGAGCCAACGAUAAUGAAUUCCUACAAGUUUUAACCAAGUUUCGCAAGCACAUCGAACCUAAUCAACAGUCGGAUGAGGCCGGUUCAAGUGGCACUCCGCCAUCGACAUCGUUGAUCUCACAGCCGAGUAGUCUGCGCAAAAACACUUUUAAUCUGGUGCAAGUGCAGGAUAAUGCCAGAUUGCCGAAGGAGACGCUUGAUCCAUUCACGACCAACCACCGCACUGCGGCGUCGAAGACGGUUUCGUCCAGUGAUAAUGGCGUCGUUACCGAGCUAAUAGUUUCAAAACUGCCGCUUCCCCUGACACAUAUCCCCGCUGUACAGGAAGUUUUUCAAGAAAACACAGCACUGCCGGUUGUGCCGGUUAAUCUUGCAGAUAGUGAUAAUCGAUCUACUGAUGAUGGGAGCAGUAAAGUGAUUCCCCUUCAGCCUGUUGAUCCAAGCGUCCACAAGCUCGUUAGUCCCGGUCCACCGAUCAUUUCUCCCAAGCCACGCCUGCGUUUGAAACUCAAUGCCGUUCGGGUUGACAAUGGUGAGAAGGAACUCAUGAAAGUGCUUGCCAAACGUAAUUCGGAUAUGGAAUUGACCAACACUUUGUCGGCUGUUAACACUGAAACAGGUUGCACAAAGUCUUCUUCGGAUACCGUGAAACGAGCGCCGAGUUUUAGAGAGAUGGAAAUUGGCAGUCCAUCGGGGAUAAAUUUUCGACGGACUUUACAACCGGAACUUAUAAGUAAUUAUUCCACUGCGAAAGAUAACGACGCGGCAGAUAAAGAGAAUCAGCCUGUGGAGCGCAGUCAGCCCAUACCGGCAAAGCGGCAGUCACAAGCAGAAGUUACGGCUGAAUUACGACGCAGUUUCUUCAGCGGUGAUAAAAUUGGUGAUACCAAAUUAUUACGCGAAAAAAGCACCGGAUCAGCAAAGUCGUCUUUUGAUAAGGAAGACGUUCCGGUAUUAACCGUGGCAUCCACUCUCCGAAAAGUAUCCCUGGAGACAAAGGAUUCGACAGUUAAUUCGACAGGAGCAGAAUGGGGUUCAUUAUUGAGAAAAGUUUCCAUUGACAAAAGUGGUGAAGGGACAUCCAACGCCAGCACAACUAAUUCUUUGCAUCGGCAUUCCUUGAAGUCGGCUAGCUAUACUGAGGGCACCGUAGAUGCACCUGUAUUUCCUGUCACGUUAAAAAAAGUCCCUUCCAUUAAGCGAAAAGAAGACAGUUCCUCCACAAAGAAUAACAGCACUUCCGGUUCAGUCUUUACCGAGAAAACAGCUGUCGUUUCCCAUCGUGAGAGUGUUACCACUCCCAGAGAGGAUGAGCCACCGGAUUCCGGACGCAGUAGUGUAAUAUCGCGUGCCGCACUUUUUCAAAGUAAGGUGGACACUGGCAAACCGAUUUCUCCUCGUUUCGAUGCCAAUAAAAAUAUCAGCGCCCGCACAGUACCGGUUCCUAAAAGCCGCGCCCUGGCGCAACCGUUUUCCGUUACCGUUGUUCCUAAUGAAAACAGUGCGGUGGAGACUGUAAUGCCCAAAGCGGCCACAUUCUCGGGAGCCCAGCUGCAGGCCACCAUGUGGAGUGCACCGGUCACAGUGCCCGCGCUGAAACCCGUUAUUCCGGCGAAGACCGUCAAAGCCGUCGCGCAGCCGGUAUCCUGCGGCUCGGCAAUGGGUGGUUCUGAAGUUCCUUCCUGGGUUAUUCUGGCGCAGGAGAAACGGAAAAGAUUGAAUACCAGUAUGCUGACGGACAGUAGUGAAUUGGCGAAAAUGAACAAUUCAGGACUGUCGUCGAAAGAAAUGCAGAUUGUUAAUGCCAGUUUUGCUUGAGAAUUUUCCAAGGCGAAUGGGCUUUUUAUGCAUUAAAUUCUUGAUUUUUCCAUUUUUGUAUGCAUAGUGUGAUUUUCACGCAGAUCUUGUAAUUUUAUUCAAGGGAGUUAGUAUAAAUUUUGUGUAUGUUUACACUUCGGAUUUAUUUAUGGAGUAAGAGUCCUGUUUACACAAUGGGUAAAAGAGAAAAUUACGAGAAAGAUCUUUGUAUGCGGUAAAUCCGAAUGUUCAUGAUUAAAUUUUCAGC